CCUUCACAACCAAAAUGGCGGAGGGGAGAGCUGGGUCGGUACGACGAUGAGCUGGGCUUGAAAACUGUAUCUUAUAAUUCAAGAAGUACUAUAAUGCAAUUCCUUGUGAAUCUAAGCCUGCACACUUUGUAAGAGGACACACGUCGUGUUUUCCCCCCAGUGAUCUCCAGUGCGUGGGGAUGGGUGAUGAUGGACAGCAGAAGUCCUCGCGUGGUGGACUACUUCGUGGUGGCGGGGCUGAUGGACUCGUCCAAGCCGCUGGACGAGGAGAUCCACUUCGACGACGCCUGCCACCAGACGGCCAGGCCCAAGGCGCCCGUCACUGACGUCGCCGUGGUGAUGCGCUCGCUCGGGGAGCAGGUGCCCGCCGGGUACGCCUGCGUGGAGGCCACGCCCUCCGGCCUCUCUGCCGACCUGAACGGGGGCAGCCUCAUGGGACCCCAGACCUACCUGUGCUACAGGAGGGGGCGGGACAAGCCCCCGCUCACUGACCUGGGGGUGCUCUAUGAGUGGAAGGAGCGGCUGAAGCCGGGCUGUGACAUCAUUCAGACCACGCCUUGCGGUCGCCCGGCCAACAUCAGCGGCUCCUCCUCCCAGCGCAUCUACAUCACCUAUCGCCGCGCCCCCAGCAGCCCCUCCCACGCCUUGCUGGCCGUCACGGACAUCUGCGUCAUCAUCCCCGGCAAGGGCGAGGCUCCGCCCCACACCUUCUGCAGGGUGGAGAAGAACCUCAACAGCAGCAUGUGGGGUUCGUCCAUCUACCUCUGCUACAAGAAGUCUGUGGCCAAAACCAACACAAUAGCAUACAAGGCUGCCUCCGUGUGCGCGCUAGCCUCCGUGCUGGCACAGCCGACCGGAUGGCGCCAGCUCCGUGCUGUGAGAUCGGCAGACAUGGUUUCCCUCUGUGUCUGUGCGCUGAUGUGCUACCCGGAGGGACUCACCAUCGAGUGCUCCCCGCCCAGUCUGUCCUCGUCUUCUCCUCCCAUGGGGGCACCUCGGAAGUGGUCGUACAGCAUUUUGAUGGUGUGUGUGUGUGUGUAUGUGCGUGUGUGUGUGUGUAUGUUUGUGUAUGUGUGUGUGUGUAUGUGUGUGUGUGUGUGUGAGGUGUAUGGAGCCGCCAUCCAGUUCUAUGAGCCCCACCCCCAGGAGCAUCUCACGGAGAAACAGCGCCUCCUCCUGGGCCUGGUCGACGGGGAGCGCGGAACCGGCGGCCCCAGAACCGUCCACGCCCUCAAGUGCAUCUGCCUCCUCUCUCACUGGCCGUUCUUCGACGCCUUCCGGAAGUUUCUCACCUUCCUCUACCGAUACUCCAUCUCCGGCCCCCACGCGCUGCCCAUCGAAAAGCACGUGACCCACUUCAUGCACAGGGUGCCCUUCCCCUCCUCCCAGAGGCCUCGCAUCCUGGUGCAGCUUUCUCCACAUGACAGCCUGAUGCUGUGCCAGCCGGUGUCCUCUCCCCUGCCCCUCAGCGGCGGGCGGUUCUCCGCUCUCCUGCAGAACCUGGGCCCGGAGAACGCCGUCACGCUGCUGGUGUUCGCCGUCACCGAGCACAAGAUCCUGGUGCACUCGCUGCGCCCGGCCGCCCUGACCAGCGUCACUGAGGCCCUGGUGUCGAUGAUCUUCCCUUUCCACUGGCAGUGCCCCUACAUCCCGCUGUGCCCGUUGGCACUCGCAGACGUGCUCAGUGCCCCCUGUCCGUUCAUUGUGGGCGUUGACUCCCGCUACUUUGACCUCUACGACCCCCCGCCGGACGUUAGCUGUGUGGACCUGGACACGAACACCAUCUCCCACAAUGAAGAUAAGAAGGCCCUGACCUGGAGGAUCCUGCCGAAGAAGGCCUGCAAAACCCUGAUGGGCGUCCUGAGCGACCUCCACCAGCAGCUCACCGACGGCCAGCAGAGGCCCCGGGAGGACGGCCUGCUGGAGCCGUCGCUGAGCGAGCAGGACUUCGGCGGGAAGAGCCUGCAGACGCUGGAGCUGGAGAUCCAGGAGGCCUUCCUGCGCUUCAUGGCCGCCGUGCUGAGGGGCUACCGCUCCUUCCUGCGGCCCAUCACCCAGGCGCCCUCCGAGAAGGCCACCGACGCCAGCUCCCUGUUCGACCUGCAAGGGUUUCUGCGGAGCCGGGACCGUUCGCAGCAGAAGUUCUACUCCCUCGUGACCAAGACCCAGAUGUUCAUCCGCUUCAUCGAGGAGUGCUCCUUCGUCAGCGACAAGGACGCCAGCCUGGCCUUCUUCGACGACUGCGUGGAGAAGCUGUUUGGCACUGAGAGCGGUGCGGACAAAGGAGGAAAGGCGGACAGUGAGCGGUCGGAGGAGGCCAGGCUGAUCGAGCUGGACGAGUCCCAUCGCAGCGAGCACACGGUCUUCAUCACCCCCCCGGAGCUGCCCCCGCUCCCUGACGGAGAGGAGUACCCGCUGUGCUACAGCUACAGUGGUUUCCCCGUGUUAAACCCUGAGCUGUUGGACCCCCCCGAAGGACUGCGCACCCCCGCCUCUCACCUGGCCUCCCGCCAUAGCUGCCCCACCAGCCCCGCCCCCAUGUUCCGCCGCACCAAGCAGGAGAUCAAGUCGGCGCACAAGGCGGCCAAGAAGUCGUCGUCCGUCCCCCAGCUGUGGGCCAAGUGCCUGCUGCGGCACUGCUACGGCCUGUGGUUCAUCUGCCUGCCCGCCUACGUGGCGGUGUGCCACUCCAAGGUGCGGGCGCUGCGCACCGCCUACGACGUGCUGCGGAGGAUGCAGGCCAAGAAGCUGCAGGCCCCCGACGAGGUGUGUUACCGGGUCCUGAUGCAGCUGUGCGGGCAGUACGGCCAGCCGGUCCUCGCGGUGAGGGUCCUGUUCGAGAUGAAGAAGGCCGGGGUGCACCCCAACGCCAUCACCUACGGGUACUACAACAAGGCUGUGUUAGAGAGCACCUGGCCCUCCACCACCAGGGGAGGCUACUUCCUGUGGAUGAAGCUGCGGAAUGUGGUCCUGGGCGUGGCCCAGUUCAGACAGGCGCUGAAGCGGCACCAAGCCAAUGCGGCGCAGACCCCUCAGUCAGAUGGCAGCGAUCUGGACGGCGGGAGCCACGGCAGCACGGACGGGUCUAACGACGCUCACCCCGGCGACCGCGCCCCCUUCGGCUCCAGCUCGGUCAAAGUAGACCCCGCUGACGAUAGGUCUAGCACAGCCUGCUGUGGGCGUGGCCGCCCGGGCUCGGGAACAUGGCCGCCGCCCUCGCGCCGGCACUGGGCGUGUCCUGAGCACGGAGAACGCUCUCUCCUCUCAGGGGGACAGUCAGAUCUGGGUUAUAACUCCAUGUCCAAAGAGGACGUGCGCAGAGGUGCCUGUGGAGUGCAGGACAGCGCCCCCAACAGAGGGGAGUUCAAGAAAGAGAGCGACUCCAGCUCUCGUGAGUUCACGCACAGAUGCACACAAGAACACUCUCGCACGUUCACAAAUCAUUUACAUUUAUUUCUGAAAGAACUGCAUGAACUUGAAAUAGCCAAUCAGGUUAGGGUGCAUGGAAACAUUGUGAAGUUGGCAGGCAGUGCACUUCCCCCAAAUGGAAAUUCACAAGUGUGCUGUUUUUUGAUCUCCCAUCUCAAAAGUUCAUUUCAAAAUGUCAGUGUAUGUUUGUGUCUGACAGGUGUACGUGUGUGUUAUUGGUGUGUAUUUGUAUCGAGCUGGCACGAUGCUUCUAUCAGUACCCACCACGCGGUUAUCGUCCGGAGCAACCGUCCCUACGGCAACCAGGCCAGUGGGUCUGAUGAUGCCAGGGCAGACCAUGUGGCCGGGCUCCUCUUCUCCUCCUCGUUGGGGGAGAUCGGGACGGUGCAGGGCGGCAGUUUGCACGGGCAGAGGAGCGGCGCGCAGGAGGGGCGGGGCGCGUCGGACUGGCUGGGGGUCAGAGGUCGCAGCCUGAGCGUGGACCCGGCCGGGGGGCUGGGGGUCCUCGGUCUCGGGAUGACCCAGGCCGAAACGGACCCCGCCCGCGUCGCCGAGAGCCUGGGCGACGACGCCCAGAUCCUCUCCGGAACGUUCUGGAAGGCCCGGCGGCCGGACUCCCUGGCGGUGGGAGGAGGGGAGGGGGCGGCCCGGUCCCGCGCCCGGGACACCGGCGCCGCGCGCGAGCGUCGCCGCGACGACCGGCGGGGCGGGCAGGACUCCAGUGACGAGGACAAGGCGGACACCAUCUUCGCCCUGGAGGACCUGGACCUGGACGGGGAGGCGGGAGGCGAGAGCGAGGGCGGGGCUAAGAGGACAGUGGGCGGGGCCAGGGAUGUGGGCGGGGUGGGGCGGGCCGUGGUGCGGGCCGGCUCCGACCCGCUCUCCCUCCUGGCGGCGGAGACGGAGCGGGAGGAGGAGGAGGAGGAGGAGGGGGAGGAGCCGGACGGCGAGGGGGUCCUGACUCCGCGGCGCCACCUGGCGGAGGAGAUCGAGAUGUACAUGAACCACCUGGGCAGCCCGCUCAGCAGCCGAACGCCCAGCAUGGACCUGCAGGACCCCUCCGGCCCCCGAUUGCUCCCCGCGCCCCCCCCCUGCUGCCUGCCGCCCCAGAGCUCCCCCCGCCCCGCCGGGGUCCCCCGCUCGCCCGCCUACCGCGGCCACGCCCGCCAGCGCCCCUGCUCCUCCCCGGCCCCGCCGGGCUCGCCCGUCCCCUCGCCCUCCUCUUCCUCCUUCGCCCUGGACACCCUGCUCACCCCCACGCUGGACGUCUUCAAGAGCAGCGUCUUCUCGGCGGGGAAGGGCGUGGCCGAGAAGGCCAGCCGCUGGUACUCGCGCUUCGCCACCUACGCCUCGCCCACCAAGGACGCGAGCUACGAUCGGAGAAGCGUGGACGACCCAGACUGCUCCUCUCUGCCGGGCGAGGAGUCCAGCCCCGACCCCGGGGACCCCACCUCCCCCCAGCGGAACGGGCCCCGCAGGAGCCCCCGCCUGACCCGCGCAGGGAGCCCCGCCCCGGGCCACUCCCCCAGCCGCACGCCGCGCCCCGGAUCCGCCCGUCAGCCCUACCCUCCAGGCUGCACGCUGUCGCCGUCCAGCUUCACCCUGCCGGACCGGUCCGAGCUGGGCUCCUCCCCCCACACCAGCAGCACCAGCAUCUUCAACAGCUACGCAAUGGAGGUGCUGAUCUCCAGCUGCUCGCGCUGUAAGACCUGCGAGUGCCUGGUGUACGACGAGGAGAUCAUGGCCGGCUGGACGGCCGACGACUCCAACCUCAACACCACCUGCCCCUUCUGCGCCAACCCCUUCCUGCCCUUCCUCAACGUGGAGAUCCGCGACCUGCGCGGGCCCGGGAGGCUCUUCCUGAAGAGCAGCCCUUCAGCAGAGGAGGCCCUGUCCUCUUCUUUCUCCGUGUCCACGGGGCUGGGGACGGGUACGUCCACGCUGUCCACCCCCGGUCCCCCCACGGUGAUGUCUCCGCCCUCCCCCAGAAUCACCCUGCAGGAGUGUCCCGUGGGCGACAGCAGUAGUUACGCCCCAGCACGCUGCAUUGAUAUCCCCAUGGAGCGUCGGCAGGGGGCCCUGUCCCCCGGGUCCCACAUGGUCCGCAGCGUCAGCGCCUUCGGGCCCCUGGAGGAGCCCCUCCGUGCCGGGCUCCCAGCCGUCCCCACCGGCAGCCUGCCCAGCCGGCUGAACGAGGCCGUGGACCUGCUGAACCUGGACUGGCGCCUGCACGACCCGGAGCCGGUGACGGUGCCCUACCUGAGCCCGCUGGUGCUGUGGAAGGAGCUGGAGAGCCUGCUGGAGAACGAGGGCGACCAGGCCAUCGGCGCCCGCGGCAUCGUCGACCACCACCCCAUCGUCUUCUGGAACCUGGUCUGGUACUUCCGCCGGCUGGACCUGCCCAGCAGCCUGCCGGGCCUGGUGCUCACCUCCGACCACUGCAACCGCGGCUCCCAGAUCCCUCGCCACUGGAUGUCUGAGGACAGUAAGCACGUGCUGAUCCAAAUUCUGUGGGACAACCUGAAGCUGCACCAGGACCCGGUGCAGCCCUUCUACAUCCUGUGGAACACGUACAGUCUGAACUACCCAAUACCUCGGCCAGUGCGGGCAGAGGAGGCGGCCUUUGGGGAGGAGCUUCUGCAGGGCGUGGUCAGGAGCAUCCAGAAGAACGAUGUGUACCGCCCCAUGAGCCAGAUACUACAGCUACUGGCACAGACACUGGGAAUCAGGAGGCAAAGGAGUUUGUACAGAGACAUCCUCUUCCUGUCCUUAGUGGCGCUGGGCAAAGAUAACAUUGAUAUCGAUGCUUUUGACCGCGAGUACAGGCUGGCGUAUGACCGCCUGACCCCCAGCCAGGUCAAGCUCACGCGUAACUGUGACCGCCCGCCCAGCGCCGGGGUCAUGGAGUGCCGCAAGACUUUUGGGGAGCCGUACCUGUGACCCCCCCCCCUCCUGGCCCUGUCCAUUGCUCUCUGCUCCCUGAGAAAUGACACUGCUUCUGACCACGGAAGAGUCUACAGCAUGGGGCAGGAAGUGAGGUAACUCGCCGAGGGAGGAGCCCGUGAGACGUGUCAGGAAGUGAGGUCACGAUGCGAAUGCGCUGUCGCCGACGCUCGUGCGCUGAUGCUCAGUUGGGGUUCUCGAGGACGACCUCGCACCCCACCCACUGCCAACCCCCCCCCCCCCCCGGAGACAAGGGCCUUUACCGGAAUUUUCCAUGGAGACCCGAAGAGGUCGACGCAGAGAGCGGGGAGAAGAGUUUCAGUGUUCGAACCGCACUGCCCGCGUCCACACGGAGUUUACACGGCAGUUAAACCAAGGGGCCUACUGGCCAAAUAUGCCUCUUUAAUAGCGGCCUGGCGUAGAUACAAAACACUUUACUAAAAAAAAAGGAAAGAAAAGAAAAGAAAAUAUAUACAUGGUAUUAUGCGCUACGUGGCUUUUCGAAAUCCUGCACAGACUAUGUUGUAUACGAUGCGAAAGCGAUGUACAUACAAUGUUACAAACUUUUGUAAAAGCUCCAUUUGUAUUAUACGCUCAUGUACCGAGACUAAUGUUGGCGAUAUUUUUGCUUAAAUAGGAUUCUAUUUAUACAGAUUUUCCAUUAUUUAUUUUGGUAUGCCAAGCUGUCUCCUGUUCCAGAGGAUUCUUUCCCCACAGAUCGCCCGUAGGGAGCGUCUUUUUCAGACAGCCACAUCAGUGACGUUCACAGAGCUGAUGUUCGGAGGCCUGUGUUGCAGAACUCAGCCACAGUCGAAAUUGUGGACUCUCACUCUGACCUUAUACACCACAUUUCUCAAAGGGAAUUCCCCUCAUCAGUUGUGACAUAAAGACCCUCGAGGCAUCAUCCCAGUGUUGUCUGGAGAUCUGUCUUUUGAUUGGCCUUCUCUGACCAGCUUCGUUUAACAUUAGACCUGGGAUCGUAAUGAAAUCGUUGCUGCACGUUGCAUAGAAAACACCUGAGCUGGUCACGCAUUCCCUGGCCGUAUGAAUUUUACUCUGAAACGCACAUGCCCCUCAUAUAGGACCAUGCACACUAUAUUUCCAUUAGUGGUUUAGAUUCUACGUAUGUUUAUUGUAUGUUAAAUUGAUCAAAGUCAUUAUAUGUGUUCCGCAUAGCACCAGCAUAUUUACAGGUACAUUUACAAAAUGGGCCUGACUCAAGAAAUUGGUCUUUAUAGCCUACAGCUCAUGAUUGACACUGAACCUCAGUGUUAAUUUGUAUAUUUAUUUGUAUGAGUAUAUACGUCUACAUCAUUUGACCGGUACUCUUGUUUGGGGGACUUCAGAAUGGAAGAACUUGUUUGGGGGACUUCGGAAUUCGCAUGCACGUAUUAGCAGGUAAAAAACUAAAAAUAUCUCCUGUCUCAACAGACACGGGCUGUUAGUGGAGACAGUAGGGGAAGUGCAAUCAGGAUAGGGUUAUGGUUAGAGAAGUUUUCAGGGUAGUGCAGGGUAGGUCUGGAGAGAUGGGUCUUCAGUCCAUAGCAGAAGUUUGCGGGAGACUGUUCUGGCAGCAGUGGGGAGGUCUAAGACAGAAGAGAGUGCAGACCAUGAGUAACUGGUGGAUCAGCACAGAGGUGGGGUUGUGAAGCAGCCUGUGAUGGUAGAGACAGGGUGUAGGGCUCGUAGGGUGCAGGGCUUUUAGAGUGUAGGGCUCGUAGGGUGUAGGGCUUGUCGGGUUUAGGACUUGUAGUGUGUAGUGCUUGCAGAGUGUAGGGCUUGUAGGGGGUAGGGGUUGUGGAGAGUAGGGCUUGUAGUGUGUAGUGCUUGCAGAGUGUAGGGUUUGUAGUGUGUAAGGCUCGUAGGGUGUAGGGCAUCCUUCCUGGACGUAGGAGGGGACAGAUCUGUUUGUAGCCCUGUGGGUCUGCACUUGUCUUGGGUCUGAUGAGAGGUGCAACAGGGAGUCAGUGGAGUCCAAGCAGUAGAGCUGUCAUUUGAACACCAGGGGAGGGUAAACACCAGUCAAACUGAAGCAUUUGGGAUGGUACUUAUACCCAGUAAUAAAAAUAAACACGCACACACACAGUGAGUGUGAGAUUAUUAAGUCUCCUUCAACCUAUACAUACACAGCUGACACAGCUGCUAUAGAUUAAGUGUAGGUAGGUAGGUAAUCCACAGUUUAGGUAAUCCACUGAUAAAUCGAAGCGAUGUAAUGGGUCUAAGAGCCAAUCAGAUCACUCGUCCCACAUUGGCAAGGGGAGCCCACAGGUGUGGGGUAAAUUUUCCUGGUCCUUAAUGUGACUUGAAGUUCGGACAUUCACAAUCGAACAGACAAUACCUUCCCAUGAAAUUGUGUUCAAAUAAGCUUAGCUUGUUUAAAUGUUUUUAACAUAUGUUUUUAACAUAUGCCGUUCAAAACUAUAAUUUUCUGUUUUUAUUGCGUUGCGUUCCUUUGUUUUAUCGGAGGAAACACUUUUGCACACGUACAUGUGCAGCGUGUAAGUUUAUAAAACCAAAAAAUGCACAAUCCAAAAAUGUACAGUAAAUGGUGUGACGUGAGUGUUUGCAACUGGACUGAUGGUCAGUAAUUAUUCUGAACUGUGCAGAAUACAGAAUGCACUCAAACAUUCAUUUUGUAGCUUGAUGACGUGUUGUAGAAGAGUUUACUGUAUGUCAGUUUACUGUAUGUGAGUGUAGGUUAUAUUGAAGUCCUAUGUCAUACUGCUCCAUGCUAUGAGAAACACCCCUUAGAGGUCACAAGGCUUGAAGCAGGCCUUUUCUGUCCUAAGUACAGAAAUCCACAGAACCAAACACCACAAGCCCUCCCAACUAUCUGGACAGUAAGCCUCAGAUUCUUAACACUGAAGCUGAAAUAUUCUGAUUUGCGUCCUUUAUAAUCAGAAAUGAACAGGGCAGAUUGAUGGGCUGCAGUGACUCUUUUUGCCAGGGCUGAUGUUAACGAUAGCUUUGAAGCGACCAAUGACAUGCAUCCGUCCCCUAACCCCGCCCCCGUGUCCGAACAGUGCCAAAGCUACAAACUGAGAACUAAGGGGGAAAAAUUUGAAUGGAAGGAGAAAAUUUUUUGGAAAACAAUGUAGUUGGUCAAAAACAUGAUGGCUUGAAAACAUUAACUGAAUGCUUUCACAUUUUGAAUCUUUCAUUUACAGUGAAGUUUUUUUAUUCUUUCAUCUUUAACACCUUUUUUUUUUUUUUUUUUUGCUUGUUUUGAAAUAUUACACCAAAAACCAGCAAAAUUAAAAACUUGAUCUUGGGGAAAGCAUCUGUUUGGAAAAGAAAGCUACAUCUAAACUCAUGAAGAUUUGAGUUUAUUUGCAGCACAUUAGACUGUUUCUGCCAUUAUCCAGUUUUGUUUCUGUGAAAACGUAGUUUAACAUUUGGGACAUGCCUCAGUAUUGACAAUCCCUUGUAUGUUGCAUAUUCAGAGUGAAGCUCACCUGAUAUCCCAGUGAAUGAGUGAUGUCACAGAGUGCUUGUGUAAUGGCCGGCAGAGGGCCACUCUUGAGAGUUGUCCAAUGACAGCUGGUCAAAUGGUUGAUGGACAGCGGAGGUCACCCAACCACGACCUCUCUGUAGUACUAUGCAAUUGCAGUUGUCCAAGAGGUAUCGCCAAUUGAAUGUGAAGUGUUUGUUAAUAUCUUUGAAACUUGAAGCCUUUUUUUCCGACCCACUUGGAAAGAUAGCAUUGUCUAUGGACCCAGUCUACUGAGAGGUGUUCUUAGCCUUUCAGUCUAUAUAUAUCAAAAACAAACAAAAAAAAAGAAAAAAAAAAGAUUGUAAGAUGCGUCAGCCUGCUGCUGUUUAAAACAUCGCUGUGUUCACCGAGCUGUGCACAGACGAGUCUGGAGAACAGGCGGCGAUAACAAAUCUCUGGAUCUGUAUGGUCAUCUUUUUAAACUGUAAAUAAAGUCAUUCAUACAAAGGG